UUUUUUUCCUUCACACGGAUUCAAAUCUGACUGAAUUCACCUCUGCACCAGCCCCUACCCUCCACCACCCUCCCUUUGGGCAGACACCCAGGGAGGCCCGUUGUCUCUCCUCCUCCACCCGCUCUGAAGCGGUCAGAGUCCAGAGAGCUGAGGGCUCAGAGGGAGGACCAGCAGGGAGCCCACCUCCGCUCAGCCCUGCCCUGGAGCUAAACUGCCCCCUCGAGAAGAUGAAGGUCUCCGUGGCUUCCCUCUUUCUCCUCAUCCUCAUCCUCGCCACUACUUCUGCUCUUCGCGGCCAGGAAAGAAUUCCUGACUGGGUGAACCCUCCACCCACCUGCUGCCUGACGUAUCAUGAGAAGGUUUUGCCAAGGAAACUGGUGGUGGGCUACAAAAAGGCCUUCAACUGCCACCUACCAGCAAUCAUCUUCAUCACCAAACGGAACCGAGAGAUCUGCACCAACCCUGAUGACAAGUGGGUCCAAAAGUACAUCAAGGAUCCCAAACUAUCUUUGCAGCCUUCCAGGGUGUCGGCCUAGUUGACAUUCUCAGAUCAGAGAAAGGCCCACCCCAGCUCUUCAACUCCCCAAGGGGGUCAGGCCUCAGUGGGAGCCCAAGUCUGGGGAAAAGAAGGUGUAACCCUGUGGAGAUACAGGAAGCCUUGUGGUCUGAUUGACAGAGUCACAUUCAGAGAAGCAGACCAGUGAUCUAAAAAGUAAUUAAAAGUGGUAUCAAAUAUA